CCCAGUUGGUACGAUCCAAGAUGGCGCUGAAAAUAUCAGACAUUUUGCCAGCACCUACCACAAGGAUAUUUGACAGAGAUGACGAGGAACGUCAGAUCAGAUCUCAGAUGCAGCUGGCACCAGUUAUUAGUAACAGAGCUGCUCCACCAUAUGGCCACAGAAAAGGCUGGAUACCACGCUCACAAGAGGACUUCAGUGAUGGUGGUGCAUUCCCAGAAAUAGCAGUGGCCCAGUACCCACUUGGAAUGGGCCAGAAAAAGUCCACCUCAAAUGCCUUAGCUGUACAGUUAGAUGCACAAGGCAGGAUCAAGUAUGAUGCAAUAGCCAGACAUGGACAUGCCAAAGACAAGGUUGUACACUCCAAGUUCCAAGACUUGGUCCCAAAACAGAUAGAUGAGGAUGAUCCAAGUUUCGAGCGGCCAGAUGAUGAAUUAAUACAGGAGAACACAGAGAAAACUCGCUUGGUCCUCGAGAAGCUGGUGUCAGGCAAGAUUGCUGCAGCCAUGCCGGUCAGGGCUGCUGAAAAACAGGCUCCUGCACAGUACAUCAGGUACACCCCCUCACAGCAGGGUGUUGCGUACAGCUCCGGAGCUAAACAGAGAAUCAUUCGCAUGGUGGAGGCACAGAAGGAUCCCAUGGAGCCGCCAAAAUUCAAGGUGAACAAGAAGAUCCCUAGAGGCCCUCCAUCACCCCCAGCUCCUGUCAUGCACUCCCCAAACAGAAAGGUGACAGUCAAGGAGCAACAAGAGUGGAAGAUUCCACCCUGCAUCUCCAACUGGAAGAACCCUAAGGGUUACACAAUCCCCCUCGACAAGCGUCUUGCAGCUGAUGGACGUGGACUUCAGGGUGUACACAUCAAUGAAAACUUUGCAAAACUCGCUGAGUCGCUCUACAUUGCUGAUAGAAAAGCUCGUGAUGCGGUGGAGAUGCGUGCCCAGACAGAACAAAAGAUGGCGCAGAAAGAGAAGGAACGCAAGGAGGAACACCUCCGCCAGCUGGCCGCCAAGGCUCGUGAGGAGAGGGCUGGCAUACGCCGCGGAGAUGACAAGGAUGAGGAAGUUGGAGAUCGUGAUGACAUUCGGCGGGAGAGACACAAGGAGCGACAGCGGGACAGGAAUCUGGCACGAGCUGCUCCAGACAAGAGGACUCGGUUGAUGAAGGAUCGUGAGAGAGAUGUGAGUGAGAAGAUCGCCCUGGGUCUGCCCAACACGGGAGGUGGACAGCAGGACCAGUUUGACCAGAGGCUCUUCAACCAGUCCAAGGGUAUGGACAGCGGUUUUGGAGAUGACGAGGCAUACAAUGUCUAUGACAAGGCGUGGAGAGCGGACAAGGAUGCGGCCAGCCACAUUUACAGACCUACACGUAACAAGGACAGGGAUGUGUAUGGAGAUGACCUUGAUGAACUCAUUAAAACUAACAGAUUUGUUCCAGACAAGGGGUUCACAGGGGCAGAUUCUAGUCGCCGUCGUGAAGGCCCAGUUCAGUUUGAGCGGUACGAGGAGGAGGAUCCCUUCGGUCUUGAUAAAUUCUUGAAAGAGGCUAAGACUGGUCAGAAAAGGGGAGCUGAAGAUUCUAGAUCAAGCAGAGACUAUGACAGAAAGAAGCGAAGGGAAUAGCGUCUAGGGAAACGUUUCAUUUCAUGUUGAUUUUCUACAUUUGUAAAUAAGCUUCAUUAAUGUCAUACUAGUUCAAAUGAUGAAAAAGAAACUAAACUGUCCCAAUCAUGACUAAAGAAUAGAAUCCAAUUGAAACUGAAUAGUUAAACUACAUGCUGAUAUCAACAAACGAGGCAAAGCAUGCAAUGUAAUAAGGAAUUGUAUUGAAAAAAAAGUUUUAAUAUUGAUUGCAUACCUCAUUUGUAUUUUAUUGUGCUCAUGCAUUUAGUACUGUCAACCUGUGAUUGUGAAUAAAUAGAUUUAUAUUAA